CAUAUUUUAAAGAAGACAAAAAGAAUAUAUAUAUAUAUAUAUGAAUAUUUUGAUAUAUAAGCAUUGUAUAAUUUUCACGAUGACGAAAAUAUCUUCUCUAAAUAAAUAACAUGUGAUAACAAGCCGUAUUGCCAAAAAUUUAAUGUGUGUUACUAUUUAAUAUUAGUCAAAUAUUUAAAAGUUAAGACGGAUACGAAACAAGUAACAAGUAUAAGAAGAGUAAUUAUGAGUAUUUGUGUUCAUCUUAUAUACAAGUAAAAGAAAAGACAAUAUGAACAAAUAUUUAAUAGAUUAUUUAACAAAUAGCAAGUAAUGGGCAAGUAACGAGUCAAGUACUAAAAAUAAUAAUGAUAUUUGAUACUUGACUUGGUUUUGCGAGCAAUAUAAAUUGUCGACUUGUUACUUGCCUUGACAAUACCGAGUACUUGAAUUUUCAAGGCGGAUAAGAGUCAAGUAGCGAGUUUAAGGCGAGUAACGAGUAAUAAUGCUCAGCACUAGUUAUAAAUAUAGAACCCAUGCUAUUAUUGGCUUAGGGUUUUGCUUUUCUUUUCUUUUUUGUAACAACUUAGGGUUUUGCUUUGAAUAUUUUUUUGUUUGCUAAGAGUUUUGCUUUGAAUAUGGAACGUAAAGUCUUUAGACCAGAUCGGACCGAUGUAGGAGAGGCGUUAAAUGGUUUUCACGUGAAAGAAAAGGUGACUGAUGCUGAUGCACAUAGCACAAUUGGCGCAAGACUAACUUUUCACAAGUUUGGUAAAUAAAGAUUACUCAAAGUCUUGUUGUAAAUCACCUAACUAUUUGAAGAUCGUUGAGGUUAAAUGUUUAAAACGUUUUUGUUAAAAAAAAAUACAAAUAUGAAUGGAAAAGAUAUACAACGGUUUUAUUUUGUUACAAGAAAAGAAAAAAACUCUAAAUUGGUAAUGGGUUUGCUCAACUUAUGGCAUCUUGACUUGUUCUUCUUUUCUUUUCGGUGUAAAAGACUUGUUUCUUCUUCCUAUCACAACCGUACCUUUCUUAUAUUUUCUUUUAACCAAGAAAGAUCUAAACUAAAAGGAAAUAUUAAUCACACGUUGCAUGUUACUUUGGUUAUCUAUAAUGAUUCUUUGCAUUGAAGCUUAAUUCAUCCGUUACAAAAGUAUAUUGAAUAUGUUAUGAAUAACUUGUAAGAAGGUCAACUCACAUUGAAUAUAACCAGGUUGUUUUGCUUUAUUCAACCUUUGAUCGGUGAGGGUAAUUUUAACAAUCGUCGUUGGAGUACUACGUGGAUGUCACGUACUGCAAACUCACAGGCAAAUGAUGUUAACAUUCUCUCGUCAUUUAUCUCGACAACGUUUUUGUUUUUGCUGGUCCGUCGGUAUACAACCAAACCUUCCUCAGACUUUUGUACAAACAGCAAAUUUUAAAACUCCGAAUAUAUCCUUACUAGAGUUUGACGUAAACUAAUUUAUUUUAAGCGAAAAUGUUAAAGUUUUUUUUUUCAUACGAACCUAAAAAUAGUUAAAAGCAUCUAUUUCUGGUGAACAGAAAACUUUGUUAUGACUAUUUUAAAACAAAAUUUGAAAAGAAGGUUAAACCGGGAAUAUUCAAGAAAAAUAUUAGCAGAAACGGGCAAAUUCGCAAUGUUACAUUCUGUCGCUUCUUCAACUUAAUGCAUAAGCUUAAUUAGAUUUAUUUUAUUACACUUUCCGUUUUUACAGAUCAAAAUUUAAUUAAGUUUUGUUAAACAGUAAAUUUAAUUUAGUUGUUUUUAGUUUUUAUUUUUAUAAUAUUCUUACAAAUACAUUAAGCUUAUUGGUGGAGAGGAAUGCUUGUAGAUUCCACCUUUUUCUUCUUCUUCUUCUACUUCUUGAACUCUGUAUUCACUAUUGAAGAUGGAGAGCUACAAGUGCAAGUUUUGCUUUAAGAGCUUCGUCAACGAAAGAGCUUUAGAUGGUCACGUGAGAUCUCACAUGCCUACUCUUCCCAACUUUUGCAUUGAGGAAGAAGAGGAAAAGGUAAGACCGAGUCAACUCAGUGGUGAUACUGAGUCGGAUGUUUCUUCUUCUUCCCCUGAAGAAGUAGCGAGAAAGAGAAAUGGGUUGAGAGAGGAGAGGCAUCGGACCAUGGAUGACGAUCAGAAGUUUGCUUUUACCGGCUCCCAGAGGAAUAUUAUUAACCUGACACGGAAACGAUCCAAGCGAACUCGGAAGCUAGACUCGUUCGCGACGAAGAAGAUGAAAACGAGUCAACUCGGUUACAAGACCGAGCCCGAGCCGCAUCACAGCUCAGCUUCUGAUACAACCACGGAUGAAGAUCUCGCCUUUUGUCUCAUGAUGCUCUCAAGAGACAAAUGGAAGAAGAAGAACAAAACUAGUAGUAGUCAUAAAGAACUAGUGGAAGAGAUCGACGACAACUCGAGCAAGAUGAAUCGAGCAACAACGACGAAAGGGAGAUUCACGUGCGAGACAUGUGGGAAAGUGUUUAAAUCUUAUCAAGCAUUAGGUGGGCAUAGAGCAAGCCACAAGAAGAACAGAGUUUCAAACAAAACAGAGCAACGAAGCGAAACAGAGUACGAUAAUGUAGUUGUUGCUCCAGAGAAGAGGAUCCAUGAAUGUCCGAUUUGUCUAAGAGUUUUCGCGUCAGGACAAGCACUUGGUGGUCAUAAAAGAUCACACGGACUAGGGAACUUGUCUGUAAAUCAUCAUCAAGUACAUCGAACAGAGUCGGUGAAACAGAGGAUGCUAGAUCUUAAUUUUCCUGCACCAACCGAGGAAGAUAAAAGGUAGCAGACUUUGCGUGAUUUGGGUCGUCCAAAUUUUCAUAAAGUUUGAAUCUUUUUGAAGUUAUGUUUUAAACUAUUGUUAUUAUUAUUAUUUAGACCAAAAAAACUAUUAUUACUAUUGUUAUAUAAAAAUGUUUGUUUUAACUGCAAGGGAGGCUAGUUUCACAUGUUCUAACGCCGGUUCUUGUUUCGUAUUGGCCUCACGUCUUGUUCGCCUGACCAUAUCAAUCGAAGAACAUUCAAAUUA